AUGGUGAGGCUUACUGUACUAUCAUGUUACACAUCAUUGCCAGAAUCUUUGUCAUCAUCGUCAGAUGAGUCUACAGACAGUGGUGUCAAGAAGCCUAUUGGGAAUACCUCAGGCAACAGGGGUGGAAGGGGUGAUCCUGGAAACUUGAAGAAACCCAGAGUUGGCUCAUCAAAGGUAGACGCUAAGGGACCCAAAGCGGAGGGUUCCCAAGCGACUGGUGGCGAGAAUAAUCCUAGGAAACGCUCUCGAUUCGGUUCUAUUGGGAAUUCUCCAGAUAAGCCAAUCAAUGUUGAUGAGUUUCUCUCAAUGUUUGAACCUGCAAUACUGCACGAUUAUGGCAAGGACGAAGAGAUUUCUCUUAGUAAAGAAGAAGCUCCUCGCAUUGUCUGUGACCGGUCAUUCACAGUUUACAAUAUUGAUGGCAAUCCUCAUGAAUUCACGCCAGAAUUCCAUCAUGGUGUCUUCAAUGACUGGUUCCAAGAGUUUAUGGAACUUGUUUAUGAUGGUUACAUUGAGGGUCGUCCUCCUCACAUCGUGGAUCUGCAAAACUCUUAUCUGGCAAAAUUGCAUCAUCAAGACUUUUUGACCAUGUCUGCCUCAGACAUCCAGAACAAAAUGCGCCAUAAACAGGUCGUCGUCACUGGGCUCCCCUUUGAUGAAAAGAUGCAGUUCGAUGCCAAAGGCCUUUGCACCGUUGUUGGUUCCAUGACUGCACAGAUCUCCAUUACUGACUUCUCAGUCAUCAACCCAGGGACCGACUGUGUUCCCUCUGUUGUCAGUGGCCAUGUUAACGACCUUCUUGAGAAUGCCUCGAGCACCAGCAAGAUUUUGAAUGGACUUGACCUCCCCAUGUGGUCUUCCUAUCGUCCUUCGAACAAUUAUGAAACAGAUGGUGUUGCAUGGAAUGUUACCUGUGGGACCCACAGAAUUCCGCUUCAUGGACCCUUCCCAACCCAGGACUGUGAAUGGGGUAUUGCUGGUCUUAAGCACGUUCUCACUUUUCUCCACAUUGACUGCGAUGGGUUUAACACAAGAUAUGGCACUAAAGUUGGACGAAAACUGUGGGCCUUCUUGAGACCGCAAGAUUCGAAAAAACUCUCUUCAAUUGACUUCUACAUGGAUGAAGAUGGUUUUUCUCUCUCUGGGAAGCCCAAGGAUAUCAAGUAUGACUUUGAGGCUGUUGUUCUUCGGCCUGGUGAUGAACUUCAUAUGCUGCCCAAUUCUGCACAUUGGGUAUAUGGCAUAGAUGAUGUGAUUGCACAGGGCAGUCAUUACUAUUCCUCGUAUCUUAUGCAGGAGACUCUGCAAGGCGUUGUACAUGCCUUUGUUCUCAACAAGUUUUUAACAAAGACAGAGCAUAUUCCCUCUCGUCACCUAUUGCGGAGGAUCCUGAUCUUCUACCAAGUUGGCCUCAUUGAGGGUGGCAUCUCUGACGACGAUCCUGCAUCAGUUCAUCUACCUAACAUCGAGACAAUGGAGGGCGUGCUCCAUAUCAUCUGUCUUGCAGUCCUGAUUAUUCUUGGCAAUGUUCUGGAUUUCAGGACUUACAGCACUCCAAAUCAAGGGGAAGAUGAUGAAGCCUCUCCUACCCAAAGAACAUUGAUGGACACUGGUGACAUCAAUGCCAUUCCCAACAAUGAAAGAAUCACGUAUUGUUAUGCACGUGGCAUGGCUUUACACAUCCUCAAGUGGCUCCAUUCCUGUGCCACUUUCACUGGCCCACUGGAUGGUCUUGCCGACGAUCUGAUAUCUCUUUUUUUUGUUCAGAUUUUGGCUAGUCUAUCAGACUACAAAAGCCUUGCUGAAGCAAAGAGUUAUGGUGGAGUCCCCCGUUGCACCUCCCAUUUGCUCAGUAAACAGAUUGCCAACAUUCUUGAGGUGGAUCCGAUUCUGAAGGCUGCAUGGGCAUAUAAAGAACGUGUUCCUUCGCGCUCUCUCGCCCUCGAGGAGAAGGAGAAGUACAACAUUGAAUGGCAGUGUGAUUGGGAACCCACGUCGUGGAGAGCCCCAUCCGUUGAUUUUGCUCUCGCAGGGCAGACUCCUUUUGACAUCAAGUUCUUUCAGGCCACUAAGCUGCGGAUUAACUCUGAGAAUGCCACUCAACUGUAUAUAUAUAAUGGGUAUAGAUCUGAUGGGCUUUCAGGAGGUGGUCACAUGACCAGUUUCCUAAAUAAUCAAAAAUGUGAAUGCUGUGGUGCUGCAUUGUGGCUUCCUGAAUAUAAAAAGGACUUGUAUCUGCCAUGCUUGCAAUGGCCCUCUUACACAAGUCUAUUAUGCAUCAAGCAUGGAAUAUUGCAGAACUGCUACUUGCAAAGCUUUUACAAAACCUGCCACUCUAGAAUUAUUGGAAAAGCAAACAAGCAUUGUUUGUCUGAAAACAUUGAUCCCUCUAGAUGCUCCAGCCCUUGCAUCUGUUUGUAUUCUCAUUUUAUUUUUGUUACUUGGAUUACUAAAACGCUCUGA